GCAAUGGUUACCCACGCUCUGGGUUAUUGCCAGUAUCAGACUCAGCACGGGCAACUUUGGCAGGUCAGGAAAUGGAGUGGACCUGGCUGCCAUUCUCCGUAGUUUCAAACAAGAAAAACUGUAGCACUGAGCAAGGCUGGACACGGACCACAGAAAUAAGCAAGGGCGCUUCAUGAGCGUCGCGCCUGUUGCGAGAGGAAGCGCAUCAGGCCAUCUGCUAGCUUGUUUCGUCGGCAACAGCAGGAGCAAUCAAGGCAAGCGAUGUCUCCAAACGAGGGAAGUUUAUCGGUUUUCAGCGAUCCUGGAGCAGCCGCAGAUCACAUCAGGUCGGGUGUGCGGCACCGGACGCGUGGCAUGGCCGCAGGCAGGACAUAGUAGUCACGAUUCACGCGACACGGCAACGGACAGACGAAUAUCCGUGGACCGCCAGUAUUCCUCAAAUGCUCCCCACGCUACGACAUCUAUAUCACCCCCCUACCCAUCCGAAAACAACAUCACCCAGUCUGAAUCAGGGCUGAGCCACGUGCACGAAGGCGUGCAAAUUCUGUGCAAGUUCUUAAAAGGUGCAGAGCCUCUUAAGUCACCGUCUCGAAAACUGGAACGUCUCAAAGCGGCCUCACAGUACCUUCAUGAUCUCCUUGAAGUAACACCAGAUUCACCCUACAAACACGCCGAAGUCAAUGCACUUGUGGAUGCAGCGGCAAGGACUCGGGCGCUGACCGGGCAAUCUCUCGGCUACAAGGCAAGUAGCCGUUUGAUCGAUGAAGUAACUCGCAGCGGUCUCCCCGAGGUGGCACUUCAGCUAAUCGCGCGGAGGGAAAAAUUCGGUGUCGACUACAGCCUAUCGAUGCUCAUAAUCAUUCAACGAGCACUGUUCAAGAAACUCAACCGCUCAGAGGAAUGGACCUUGCGUGACAGUCUGGACUUACCUGGCGCUCCAAAGCGCGAAGGAGAGAACGCUGUAGGCAGGGGUGCCGCUUUAACACAGCAGCUGAAAACCGGCGAGUUAGAUGAAGAACGCAAGUGGGAGCCUGCUCCGGAUCAAGUCGCUGGCCUCGCAUGCAAGCAGAGCAUAGUGGACCGUAUGAGGCUCGUAGCCGCCCUCGCGCCGAUCGUAAACAGCAGCAAGCAUGAUUUCACACUUCUUUCUCUUCUUUUCUCUGCCCAUGUCGGAUUGCUUCGUUUCUCCGCCACGAUAGCGCAACCCCACCCCUUCAAACACAGCAGUGAUCUGCUGAGAGAUGAGCGACAAAGACCUUUCGAUCACCUGCUUAGAAUCUUCGUCAACGCCGCUGCAGCCGGCUUACCCGCUGCAGCCAGUAAGACGAAAGCCAAGAGUACUGAAUCGGGCAUGAACCCAGGACUAAGGCUCGAAUUGGUCGACGAUUGCUUGCAAUACUGCCUGAUGCGCUUCGACUCAGGCUCUAGCGCGGCCCUCGCUGGGAAAGGAGCGCCGGAGGCUAUUCGGACGCUCUACAGCUAUUUGGAGAAAUUCUAUCCUGAGGCCGGUAGCGAGAUCAUCGCACAGACAGAGGCGCAGCUGGAUGAGAUCUGGCAGACUCACUUUGGUGCUGCUGUAUCGUAGACAUGUCUGCACCCCCAUUCGCAGCUCAACCAAAAAAGGCAUGAUUGCUCGACAAUUGGCCGUGACGCGCAAGCGAAAGGCGGCGGAGAUGACACAUCGCGGUUGUAUGACUCG